ACGUAAAAUACUGUUAAAAAGUUAAAUGACAUAUAGAAAUAACAACAACAGCAACAACAACAAUAAUAAUGAUAACAGCAAACAAAUAAAACACAUUUGACUUUUCUUUGGGAAAGAAAAUGGGGGGACUUGGUGAUUCCUAACCUCAGUCUUUCUAACAUCCUGGCUAGGCCUACUGUCCAGAUUAAAAACACUUUGGCCCACAGCUACUGUGGCACGCAUCAUUUUACCAAAUGUAAAAAUACGAGGAGCACCUGAAGGCAGCAGCAGCUGAAGCUCCGGUGGAAACAAACCUCAGCAGCACACGUGAACAUGAAGGAAGGAAAAAGUCCGGUUACUCUGAAAUUAAUCCUCAUAGGAAGCUCCGGGGUGGGAAAAUCCUCCUUCAUGAACAGAUAUGUGAAUCACCGCUUCACCAACAUGUACCGGGCCACUAUAGGGACUGACUUCCUUUCCAAAACAGUCAACAUAGAUGGGGACACGGUCAUCCUGCAGAUCUGGGACACAGCAGGCACAGAGAGGUUCCAGUCUCUGGGCACACCUCUGUACAGAGGAGCCCACUGCUGCAUGCUGGUGUUUGAUGUCACAUCCAGAGCUAGUUUCUCUGCCCUGGAGGGGUGGAGGAAGGAGUUUCUGAUCCAGGGUGAGCCUCAGGACCCAUCUGACUUCCCCUUCAUUGUACUGGGCAACAAGACUGACCUGAGCAACCGGGAGGUAUCUGGCAGGCAGGCCCUGCAGUGGUGCGAGGAGAUAGGAGCAGAAUACUGUGAAGGCAGCGCUAAAGAGGACCUGGAUGUGGAAGGGCCGUUCCUGAGAGCGGCUCGCAGCGGCUUACAGCAGUACAAAAAACACACAUUGGAAAAUACAGGACAUUUCCAGAUAACCUGCAAACAGCCGAGAGAAACUCGCAACACCUGUGAGUGCUGAGGGCAGCGCUCGUCCCAGUGUGGGAGGGAAAGUUCAGAGACCUCGGCACUGCUGAUGAUGACCUAUCUAACGAGGGUGCAAAAAUAGUGACCCAGCAAAGGUACUGUGGAAGGAAAGGACACAAUUGUAUACCACAUGGAGAGAGGAACAAACUCAUUAAAUGUUUUUUCUUC